CGAGGCAUACUCCACUCCAUGAUGCUUUAUCAGAGUUUUUAUUCAUUACGGUAAAGGCCGCAGAGGCUCACUGCUUCCAGGUUUCGCCCAGCCCACCUUUAGCGAAGCGAAGUUGUUUAUAGUUUUGUUUUUGUUUUGGCGAAGUUGUUUAUAGUUUGACCAAAGCAUUGGAGGGGGAAUUUGAUCUAAAGAGCAAGUAGCCAUGGCGAGCGAGUGUCAAGUGAUGAGCAACAAGCAGGUGAUACUGAAAGACUAUGUCACCGGCUUCCCCAAAGAAUCCGACAUGGAGCUGAGGACCUCUACAACCUCACUGAAGCUGCCACAAGGUUCCACAGGGGUGCUCGUCAAGAAUCUCUACUUGUCCUGCGAUCCUUAUAUGAGAGGCCGAAUGACCAAACGCGAAACUGCCUCCUACGUCGACACCUUCCAUCCCGGUUCCCCUAUAACCGGAUUUGGAGUGGCUAGAGUUUUGGAAUCUGGGGAUCCAAAAUUUGAGCAGGGCGACUUCAUUUGGGGGAUUACUGGCUGGGAAGAGUACAGUCUCAUCACAGCAACGCAGUCUCUCUUUAAGAUUCACCAAGACCCCUCUAUUCCUCUCUCUUACUAUACUGGAAUUCUUGGCAUGCCUGGGAUUACUGCUUUUGCUGGUCUCUAUGAGAUCUGCUCUCCUAAGAAAGGAGAGACGGUCUAUGUUUCGGCAGCAUCUGGAGCAGUAGGUCAACUUGUUGGCCAAUUUGCCAAACUCAUGGGUUGCUAUGUUGUUGGAAGUGCUGGAAGCAAAGAAAAGGUCGAUUUGCUGAAGAACACAUUUGGGUUUGACGAGGCUUUCAAUUAUAAAGAGGAAUCCAACUUGGAUGCAGCUUUGAAAAGGUCAUUAUUCUUUAGAGAUCUAUACAUACUGGACUUCCCGCAUUGUCGUUCUUUUCGUACAGCUAGUCCUAGUCUGAUAUGUGUCAUUUGCUUUAAAACCAGGUGCUUCCCUGAAGGUAUCGAUAUUUACUAUGAGAAUGUUGGAGGAAAGAUGCUUGAUGCAGUGCUAUUGAACAUGAGAUCCCGUGGCCGAAUUGCAGUUUGCGGGAUGAUCUCACAGUACAACCUUGAAAAGCCUGAAGGUGUGCACAACUUAACGUCACUGAUCGCCAAAGAGGUCCGGAUGCAAGGUUUUGUUGCUUUUAGUUAUUAUCAUUUGUAUGGCAAGUUUCUUGAAAUGGUUCUGCCUCACAUUAAAGAAGGGAAGGUUACGUACGUAGAAGAUAUGGUUGAAGGCCUUGAGAGCGCUCCAUCGGCUUUGGUUGGACUCUUUGCAGGUCGAAAUGUAGGGAAGCAAGUUGUUGUUGUCUCCCAGGAAUGAUCAAAUUCUGUUCCUAACUUGUUUGUGAGCCUUAAUAUAUUUGUUGUAUUAUUACCAGUUAUUAUGUAUUGUGAAAGGGGUGUGAGAGCUGUAUCAUUAUCGUAAUCAUGGAUGUAUAAGUAUAUGUGUCCACUUUGUACUCCAGUACAUUAAUAAGGUCUGGAAGCUGAUUCUUCUGGAGAACUUUCAAAUC